UAUAUACAAUGUGGAUAAGAUAUUACAAAAAUCUAUAUAAUCCAUUCAUCUGCUUCAUAUUACUCUCCCAAAAAUGCAGUUUCCUUUCUCAGUUUCUUUGAUUCUCUUCUCAUGUCUUGUAUGGAGCAAUCAUGCUUCAUCGAAAAGAUCCACCUACAUUAUCCAUAUGGACAAACCCUCCAUGCCCAAGGCCUUCUCCACUCACCAUUACUGGUAUUCUUCCCUCCUCAAAUCUGCCACUUCAGCAGAGGCAAAGCUCAUCUACACCUACGACCACGCCUUCCAUGGAUUCAGCGCUGUAAUGUCGAUAGACGAGUUGCAGGCUUUAAAGAAGUCCGAAGGGUUUGUUUCCGCCUCCGUGAGCAAAGCUGUCACUCCUGACACCACACAUUCCGUCAAUUUCCUCGGCCUCAGCACCGCAACCGGACUCUGGCCUGCUUCCCACUACGGAAAGGAUGUGAUCAUAGGCAUCAUCGACGGCGGCAUUUGGCCAGAGAGCCCGAGCUUCAACGAUGACGGGAUGACGGAAAUCCCUACCGGGUGGAAGGGACUUUGCCAACAAGGACCAGAUUUCAAUUCAUCACUAUGCAACAAGAAACUCAUCGGAGCCAGAUUUUUCGAUGCAGCAUCUCGGGCAGAAGAUCCAGAGAGAUUCUUUAUUUCGGCUAGGGACACCGAUGGCCACGGCACCCACGUCGCGUCCAUAGCUGCAGGGAAUUUUGUGAACAACGUCUCCUACUUCGGAUAUGCCCCUGGAACUGCAAGGGGAGUUGCCCCAAGAGCUAGGAUUGCAGCAUACAAGACCGGGAGCAAUGAUGCCGACACAUUAGCCUGCAUCGACCAGGCCGUCGCAGAUGGUGUCCAUAUUAUAUCCAUAUCCUUACGAUACGAAGCAGCCACUCUGUUUGACAAUCCAAUCGCAACAGCUACCUUCGGUGCCAGGGAAAAGGGGAUCGUCGUUUGUAAAUCCGCGGGAAACACAGGCUACAGCAUAGCCACAAUUAUAAACGGGAUCCCUUGGGAGAUUGUGGUGGCAUCCGGGACCAUUGACCGAUGGUUUGCAGGGACGAUCACACUCGGAAACGGCAAAACCAUCACGGGAUUUACCAUGUUUCCAGCAAGGGCCUCUGUCAUCAACUUGCCUCUCAUCUAUAACCAGACCCUCUCUGUCUGCAACUCUAGUGAAGCAUUGUCACAGUCGAAUCUACGCCGAAUCAUCGUCUGCAGUGUUAGUGACGACGACCAAACAAUCACAGAAGGAACUGAAAGUUUCUUUUUCACAAUGCACUAUCUGAUCGGUUCCAACGUUGCAGCAGCUGUCAUAAUUUCAGAAGAUACGAGCUUACUCCGUUCUACAUACUUUCCUUUCCCGGGGACCGUGAUCAGCCGAGAACAAGCUGUAGAAUUGAUCGAGUACGCAACCACCAGUGCCUCACCAACUGCAACCAUAGAUUUCCAGCAAACAAUAAUCGGGCCGAAUCUUCCACGGGGCGUGCCAGCUCCAGCCCUAUCAGGAUCCUCAUCCAGAGGCCCCUCCCAGACCUACCAGGAGAUCCUGAAGCCCGACAUUAUGGCGCCGGGAGUGCUAAUUCUAGGCGCGUACAGUCCUAUCGGCCCUGGUUCACAAGUUGGAGACAAGUUCUUCCUAUCAACGGAUUACGCUCUAGUGUCCGGCACAUCGAUGGCCGCCCCUCACAUCUCUGGGGUCGCGGCCCUUUUAAAGGCCGCGCACCCAGAGUGGAGCCCGGCAGCUAUACAGUCCGCGAUGAUGACAACUGCAAAUCAUCUCGACGCGACAAAACAGCCAAUCAAGCAGGCGGGAUUUAACCCUCCGAGUGAUGCUUCCCCACUGGGGAUUGGGUCGGGUCAGGUGGAUCCGAACCGGGCGCUUGAUCCAGGUCUUGUCUACGACCACACGGCGCAAGACCUGGCGGAUCUAGUGUGCUCGAUGAAUUUCAGCCGCGAGCAGAUCCGGGCGAUCAUAAGGUCGAGCUACAAUUGCUCGAGGCCGUCGCCUGAUCUGAACUACCCUUCUUUCAUAGCGCUGUAUAACUUUGACCAGAGAGGAGUGACGUUGACCAGAAGGUUCAAGCGGACUGUGACGAAUGUUGGGAGUGGCGCGGCUACGUAUAGAAUGAAACUCGAGAAACCGGAGAAUACGACGGUGACGGUAUCGCGGAGGACUCUGGUUUUCAAGAAGAAAUAUGAGAAGCAGAGGUAUUCGUUGAGCAUUCGGUAUACGGGAGAUAUUGAGACGGGGGUUAGACAUGGGUCGCUGACGUGGAUCGAGGAGACCGGCAAGUAUGUUGUAAGAAGUCCGAUUGUCAUUUCCGGCGGAGUUGAUAAUUACGGCUAGUUUUUGUAACAUUGCUUUCUCUUUUCUUUUAUGUGGCUGUUAUGUGGUUUCCUAUUAAAUGAGAUUCGCCUUGUGUAACAAAUUUUUUUGAAAUUGAA